UAAAAUAUAAUUAUUUUGUGUGUAUAUAUAUAUAUACACACACACACACACACACACAUAAAUUUAAGUGGAUAUAUGCCAUCUUGUAACCUGUCAUCUAACAUACUUUUAACAUCUUUCUAUAUAGCAUUAACUUACAAAAUUAUCUUAAAUGGCUGCAUAGCUUUUAGAUGUACUGCAAAAUAACCCAUUUCCUGAUGUUGGGCAUUUUGGUUAGUUCUACUUUACUAUUAUAAACAACCUUAGGAGGAACAGUAACAACUUUGAGGCUCCUGUAGUUUAGUUGAUUCUUUACAAAGAUUUCAGUAGAAUAUGGCGGUGUCCCUUCUUCCACAGGAUGGAACUAUCUGGACAUCAUCUUUACCGACAAAACAAAAGUCCUUUUUUUGAUGGGCAAAAGGGCUACUUCAUCGCGUUCUGUGCGCGUUCUUGGCUAGCUUACAGUCCGGGAAGUCGAGGGAGGGGAGGUUCCUCCCUAGCAAGUUGAGCGCCGCCACCUCCCACGGUCUGACCUCCGUCAAGGUGACAGAGAAAGAGCAACCGGCAGCCCCCACCCCCCACACGUAGCGCGUGCGUGGGCGCGCGCAUGAGCGGACGUGCGAAUGCAGAGGGCGGCUGCGCGGCCGGCGCGACGCCUGGUGAAGCUCACACCCAGCACCUGAAAGAACGUUUCUGCUAUUGUUUCCUAGGCCUAUAAGCUAUUUAAACAACAGUGGUUACCUCCUGGGCGUGUUGUGAUGUACAGGAAUGUGUUUUUGAUCAUCUGAAUCUCAACCAUGUUGUCAAAUUGCUUGCAAAAUUUCUUAAAAAUUACAAGCCCUCAUCUAUAUUCAAGAUUAUGCCAGCAAUUAAUAGGAAAUAAAUGGAGGUUUUUUGGAACUGUGCCAACAUCCAGAAUUCAUAGGCGGGUUGUCAUUACAGGCAUUGGUUUAGUGACUCCUCUUGGUGUUGGAACGCAGCUGGUAUGGGAUCGUCUUAUCCGGGGAGAGAGUGGAAUUGUUUCACUGGUCGGUGAAGAAUAUAAGAGUAUCCCUUGCAGUGUUGCUGCUUUAGUGCCGAGAGGUUGUGCUGACGGUCAGUUCAACGAACAAAACUUUGUAUCCAGGUCAGAUAUCAAGUCCAUGUCUUCUCCCACCAUUAUGGCCAUUGGGGCUGCAGAGUUAGCCAUGAAAGAUUCUGACUGGCAUCCUCAAUCAGAAGCCGAUCGAGUGGCUACUGGCGUUGCAAUUGGCAUGGGAAUGGUUCCUCUUGAAGUUGUUUCUGAAACUGCUUUGAUGUUUCAGACAAAAGGUUACAGUAAAGUCAGCCCAUUCUUUGUCCCGAAGAUUCUGGUCAAUAUGGCAGCAGGGCAGGUCAGCAUUCGAUAUAAACUCAAGGGCCCCAAUCAUGCAGUGUCUACAGCCUGUACCACAGGAGCUCAUGCCGUGGGAGACUCUUUUAGAUUUAUAGCCCAUGGUGAUGCUGAUGUGAUGGUGGCUGGAGGUGCAGAUUCUUGCAUUAGCCCUUUAUCUCUUGCUGGGUUUUCCAGAGCCCGUGCUCUGAGCACAAACUCUGAUCCUAAGCUGGCCUGUCGGCCGUUUCACCCCAAGAGAGAUGGUUUUGUAAUGGGAGAAGGUGCAGCUGUGAUGGUACUGGAGGAACACGAUCAUGCUGUUCAACGAGGGGCCCGGAUCUAUGCAGAAGUUUUGGGCUAUGGCCUCUCAGGUGAUGCCGGUCACAUAACUGCACCUGAUCCCGAAGGAGAAGGCGCCUUAAGAUGUAUGGCUGCAGCUGUAAAAGAUGCAAGUGUACAACCUGAAGAGAUAUCCUAUGUCAAUGCACAUGCUACUUCCACACCAUUGGGAGAUGCUGCUGAAAACAAAGCUAUCAAACAUCUUUUCAAAGACCAUACCCGUGCCCUUGCGGUUUCUUCAACUAAGGGAGCCACGGGACAUCUGUUGGGAGCUGCAGGGGCAGUUGAGGCAGCUUUUACUGCUCUGGCUUGUUAUUAUCAAAAACUACCACCUACUUUAAACCUGGAUUGUACAGAACCAGAAUUUGAUCUCAAUUAUGUUCCACUAAAGGCACAAGAAUGGAAAGUUGAGAAAAGACGUAUUGGACUCACCAAUUCCUUUGGUUUUGGUGGUACUAACGCAACACUUUGUAUUGCUGCCAUGUAGGGCAAAUUUUUUUUUUUUCUUUUUUAGGGGCAAAUCAUUUGUAAUUAAACAUUGAUUUUUAAAAAUGUUAUAAACUAUCUUAAGAAAUAAAAUGUCUAUAGAAAUGUA